AUGGCCGAACAUCAAGCAGCGCAACCCGUGGCUAGCCCGCCAAAGACCGACCAGCCUACCAUCCUCGAGCUGAGGCAAGAAGAGGUGGCCCAGUCUGCCCAGACCGUCGAGGACCCGGCUCAGCAACACCAUGACGCGACCAUCCACCACGAUGCAACCGUCGCAGCAGUCCAGGCUGUCGAGCAGCACGUCCAACCUGAUGCGGCCUACGCCCAGCUUCAGCAGGACCAAUGGGGCGGGCAACAGUACUACCAGGUUGGCGACCACCUCACGGGUGACUAUUCGCAGAUCAAUGGCGUCAUGCCACUCCCUGGCACCGAGCACGGCGGCGAGCACUAUGAGAGCGACUACAGUGCUGUGGCUGCAACAUUGUCCAACUGGGCCGAAACCCACCCUGUAGACCAGUCUGGUGCUGGUGGUGUCGACAUGGUCGGCGGAAACGGUACCGGGGUUCCUCUCGGCGAGCAGGUCCACAACGGAGAGAUGGCGCUCAUGUCAACGCCACUUACCGAAAAGCCCAAGAAGCUCAUGUUGGCGUGCCACUUCUGCCGUGGGCGCAAGCUCAAAUGCGACGGCAGCCGACCGACGUGCCACCACUGCGCGAAGCGGAGUCUGGCCUGCACAUAUGACGAGCAGGUCCGCCGCCGUGGACCCGGAAAGCGUACAAAGGAGAUGCGGGAACGGGCCGCCCGCGAAGCUGAGCAAGCUGGCAUAACUGCCCUUAGUGCAGAGCAGCUUGCCGAACACCUCGCGGCGCAUGCUAGCGGGACACCCCUUGCCGAGCCACCCAAGAGGGCAGGCCGCAAGCGCAAAUCGGAAGCUAUCGACGACGAGGUCAAGAAGGCUCGACUGUUGGACGAGGACACAGCCGCUGCUGUAGCUGCGGCGCAGGCGAUGCACCAAGCCGAGCAGGCUCACCACGACGUCCACUCGCUCGAGGCUCUCUCAGCACACGAGAUGCCUCACGAGAUGCAGCAUGACUUGCAGCACGAGAUGCAGCACGAGAUGCAACACGAGAUGCAGCACGACAUGUCGCACGACAUGUCCAACAUCGACCCUGCGCUGGCCGGUGCGGAUGGCGUCGGUGUCAUGGACCUUGCGCCGCUCGAGCCUGGUACGCUUGGCCAGGUCAUCCAGCAGCUCAAUGGACAACACCAGCAACAAUGA